AAAUGUGACGAACUCAAAAGAAAUCAGAAAAAAAAAACUUUGCUCUCUUCUCCGAUCAAAGUGGGAAGUGGAAGAUGAAGAAAUCGCCUCUGCCAUUGCAGCAGAGCCCGGUCUGCUCCGAGAAGCAAAUUUACUCCAAAGAAGCUCUGGUGAAGCUCUUGAGGUGGCAUUUCGGCCAUGCCGAUUUCCGAGGCAAGCAGUUGGACGCCAUUGAAGCUGUUUUGUCAGGAAGAGAUUGCUUUUGUCUGAUGCCAACUGGAGGGGGAAAAUCAAUGUGUUAUCAAAUCCCUUCACUGGCAAAGAAAUCCGGAAUAACGCUCGUCGUUUGUCCUUUGAUAGCACUAAUGGAAAAUCAAGUGGCUGCAUUGAAAGAGAAAGGAAUUGCUGCUGAAUUUCUGUCAUCAACCCAAAAAUCUAGUGUAAAAAAUAAGAUCUACGAAGACAUUGAUUCUGGAAAACCUUCUUUAAGGCUUUUGUAUGUCACCCCAGAAAUGAUUGCAACAUCAGCAUUUAUGUCAAAGUUGACAAAGAUCUACAUGAGAGGAUUGUUGAAUCUCUUAGCCAUAGAUGAGGCGCAUUGCAUCUCUUCUUGGGGCCAUGAUUUCAGGCCUAGCUACCGUGAGCUUUCAUCUUUGAGGAGGCAACUUCCAGGUGUACCAAUACUCGCUUUGACAGCUACAGCCGUUCCUAAAGUUCAGAAGGAUGUCAUAGAGUCCUUAUGCUUGCAUGACCCUCUCGUCCUAAAAUCAUCUUUCAAUCGUCCUAAUAUAUACUAUGAAGUUCGAUACAAGGACCUUUUAGAUAACGCCUAUGCUGAUUUGUCUAACCUGCUCAAAUCUGAAGGAGAUGUUUGUGCUAUUGUUUAUUGCCUUGAGCGUACAACAUGUGACGCCUUGUCUGCUCAUCUAUCAAAUAGUGGCAUUUCUUGUGCUGCUUACCAUGCAGGUUUGAAUAAUAAAUUGCGUACUUCUGUUUUAGAGAAUUGGCUUUCUUCUAAGAUACAAGUUGUUGUGGCCACAGUGGCUUUUGGGAUGGGUAUAGAUAGAAAGGAUGUCAGGAUUGUUUGCCAUUUUAACAUUCCAAAGUCAAUGGAAGCCUUCUAUCAAGAGUCUGGUAGAGCUGGUCGUGAUCAAUUACCCUCCAAAAGUUUGUUUUACUAUGGAAUUGAUGAUCACAAAAAAAUGGAAUUUAUUCUAAGGAACACUGAAGCUAAAAAGUUAAAGGCUUCAAACGCACAGGGAGAAAAGUCAAAAAAAUCCCUGACUGACUUCCAUCAGAUGGUUGAAUAUUGUGAAGGCUCCGGAUGCCGUAGGAAAAAGAUUCUCGAGAGUUUUGGAGAGCAGGUACCUGCAUCACUAUGUAGGAAGUCAUGUGAUGCCUGCAAACAUCCGGACCUUGUCAAAAAGCAUUUGGAGGAACUUACAGCUACUUGUGCUCUUCGGGGUAAAGCCAGUUCCUCACAAAUUUAUAUAAGCAGCUCCUUCAAUAUGGUUGACAAAGGCGAUUUCUCUGAAUUCUGGAAUCGUGCUGAUGAAGCAAGUAGUUCUGAGGAAUCCAUAUCUGACUCUGAUGACGGUGAUGAUGUUGUCAAAAGUCUAGCCCAGUCAAAAUUGCCAACAAACUCAGGAUUAAAGGAAAGGUUGGAUUUCUUGCAACGUGCAGAAUCAAAAUAUUACGAGACCAAAACCUCUGAUGACCAGGUCAAAAAACCAAUCAAGAAUGCCAUAUCUGAUACGCUGAGAGAAUCAAGCAGAAUGAGACUACAAACUGCACUCAAGCAGGCUCAGCAGCGGCUUGGCAGCAUAAAGCUUGAAGUGGAAACAUCGGCCACUUUUCUUGAAAACGAGUGUUACAACAAAUAUGGGAAAACCGGGAAAUCGUUUUAUUACUCCCAAGUGGCAAGUACUGUGAGGUGGCUUUCAACCAGUACUACUGUGGAGUUAAUUGAUCGGCUUGGAACCUCUACAAGUUCCCCAUCACAGAGUGUUUCAACAAAAGCAGAAACUCACACUACAACUCCUAUGGUGGAACAGAGUCAUAGAGAAAACACCACCGAUGAAUUUCACUCUGGCAUUGGAUCACAAACUCCCACAUGUGACUCACCCAUGGAAAGUGCUUCCCCUAGCACAGAACUGUCUCCAAUUCCAUCAUUUUCAGAGUUCAUCAACAGCAGAAAGGCAAAACACAUCCCAUCGAGGUCGUCAAAAAGGCAAUCGCCCGAUAGAGUUGAGAAGGAUGUUGAGAAGAGGAUGAGGUUGCAAUAAGCUCUGAGUUUGUUGGUUUCUUUGAUUUCGUAUUCAUGGAGGAAGAAAACACGGUGAUUUUUGAAGCGACUAUUUUCUUUCUAGUAGCCUACUAUGAAAAUGUCUCUUUUCCCAGAAGGCAUGGCAAUUUGCAACCCCUUCUCCCCGUCCAUCGUCGUGCGUUUUUUCCUUUUAUUUUUUUGGCUGUAGUCGAGCAUAUUUUUCAGAUGUUUGCCAAGUGCAAUUUUUGGACGAAUUAUAGUAGAUAAUUUUGUUUCAGUUCUUGGAAAGCCAUGAGUAAGAUGCUCGAAAAUAACUUUUUUA